AUGUCUUUCCUUCAUAAUCAUUCUUGCGAGUGCGUUAAGUCAGAAUUGGAUUUGUUUGCACUACCGUCUACACAAACUAGCAUUGAAAAUGGAUUGUGGAUUCAUUAUAAACCAAUUUCAUCUCUUGGUGAUGAUGGACCUAUCGAGUUUCAAGUUCCUGGGACCGGCGAUGACUACAUAGAUUUGUCUCAUACAUUACUCCACAUAAAGGCAAAAGUAUUAAAUCAAGAUUCAACUAACUUGGUAUCUACUACAAUAGUAGCACCUGUAAAUAAUUGGCUGCAUUCACUUUUUAGUCAACUUGAUGUUUAUUUAAACCAAAAACUUGUAUCACCACCUAAUAAUACCUAUGCAUAUCGAGCAUACAUGGAAACCCUUUUAAACUAUGCCCCUGCUGCUAAACAAUCUCAUCUUACUUGUAGUCUUUGGUAUGAGGAUACAGCAGGAAAAAUGGAUUCUACAGAUGGUAAAAACAUAGGAUUUGUUAAAAGACAGGAAUUGAUUAGUGAAAGUAAGGAAAUAGAAAUGAUUGGUCAUCUUCACGGUGACAUUUUUAACCAAGAUAAAUUUUUAAUUAAUGGUGUUGAAAUGAGUGUUAAAUUGGUUCGAUCAAGAGAGAGUUUUAAUUUAAUUGUUGGGUCAAACCUUAGAUUUAAAGUUUGCAUUACGGACGCAACUCUUAUUGUUCGACGAGCACGAAUUAAUCCAAGUGUAUUACUCGCACAUCAAAAAGUUUUAGCUUCUACCACUGCUAAAUAUCCUAUUACUCGAGCUGAAGUAAAAGUUUUAACAAUUCCUUCGGGUGUUCAAGGAAAAACUCUUGAUAAUAUAUUUUUAGGACAGGUACCGAAAAGAUGUAUAAUUGGAUUUGUGAACAAUUCUGCAUUUAAUGGUUCCCUUACUAAAAAUCCAUUUAACUUUGAAAACUAUGGUAUUAAUUCUUUCAGCUUAUAUAUUGAUGGUCAACAAAUACCUUCAAAAGCUUUGCAACCAUCUUUUAAUAAUAGCAUAUUUACAUCAGCAUAUCAUACUCUAUUCUCGGGAACUGGUAUUCACUUUCUUAAUGAAGGAAAUGGAAUCUCUUGUGAACAGUAUGGCAAAGGUUACUGUCUAUUAGCAUUUGACUUAACUCCUGAUUUAUCAGCUAACUCAUCAACUCAUUGGAAUCUCAUAAAGCAUGGUAGUGUAAGAAUAGAAGUACGAUUUGAAUCCUCAUUAAUACAAACAAUUAACUGUAUAGUUUAUGCUGAGUUUGAUAAUAUUAUUGAGAUAGAUAAAAACAGAAAUGUUACUGUAGACUAUAGUAGUUAA